AUGGCUGCAGAAAAACAAGUGCAAGAAAAAUUGGAGUUUCAAAUCCCAGAAAUCGUGUUGAAUUCAGGCCACAAGAUGCCGGCGGUAGGGAUGGGAGGCGUCGCCGAGAAACUGCCACCAGUGGAGGAGUUGACAUCAAUUCUGGUUCAUGCAAUGGAGAUCGGCUACCGGCACUUUGACACCGCCGCAUGUUACGGCUCGGAGGAAGCCCUCGGAAAAGCGGUGGCUAAGGCUUUGGAAAUUGGAGUGAUACAAAAUAGAGAUGAAUUGUUCAUCACUUCUAAGCUCUGGAUUACACACACUCAUCAUGACCUCGUUCUUCCGGCCUUGAACAAAACCCUCGAGACCAUGGGGCUAGAGUAUUUGGACCUGUAUCUGAUUCACUGGCCAGUGAGGAUAAAGGAAGGGGCUAAUAUGUUCAAUCUUGCGGAAAGUGAAGUUUUGCCAUUUGAUAUUCAUGGGACUUGGAAGGCCAUGGAAGAUUGCUCCAAAUCGGGAUUAACCAAAUCUAUUGGUUUGAGCAAUUUCUCUUGUGAAAAAAUCUCACAACUCCUUGAAAACGCCACCAUCCCACCUGCGGUUAAUCAGGUGGAGAUGAAUGUGAAUUGGCAACAGCGAAAAUUACUACCAUUUUGCAAGGAGAGGGGAAUACAUGUAUGUGGUUGGUCUCCACUCGGAGGGUACGGUACUUUUUGGGGCUCUAAUGCCGUCAUGGAGAGUCAAAUCCUCAAAGACAUUGCAAAUUCCAAGAGCAAGACUAUUUCUCAGGUGGCACUGAGAUGGGUAAACGAGCAGGGAGUAACUCCAAUCGUGAAGAGUUUCAAUGAGGAAAGAAUGAAGCAAAACCUCCAAAUAUUUGAUUGGGAACUCAGCACAGAAGAGAACGAUCGCAUCCUGCAGAUUCCACAACGUAGAGUUGGUAGCGGAGACGUUUUUAUAGUGAAAAAUGGGCCAAUAAAGUCGGUUGAAGAAUUAUGGGACGGGGACACAUGAAGUAUUUUACUUAUUAAACAUAAAUAAGUCGGUAAGCUAAAUUAUUGUUGGUGCAAUUUGAGUAGGUGGCACUGAGAUGGAUAUAUAUAUAUAUAUAUGAGCAAGGAGCAACUCCAAUUAUUAAGAGUUUCAAUGAUGAGAGGAUGAAACAAAAUCUCCA